AUGCGCUAUUUGAAAUUGACGAACUACCCUCUCGAGAAAUUUGAGGAGAGCGCAGAUUUUCUACAGUCUUUGACGAAGUUCUUCUGCAACACCAAGAACCAAACCAUUAUUUUUGCAUACGCGGACGUCUUGAGCAACUUAAUUUUCCCCUUGGCUUCCGUUUUGACUGCUGAGGCCAACCAUCCUUUAUGGGUCGAAGCAAUCACAAAAAUUUACAAUAAGCUGCACAGUUUGUGGACUAUUGCAGACUCGAUGCUUUUCUCGUCACAAUCGAGCUUUUCUAGUUCGAAUGGGGGAUUCUCCCACUUGAACAUAAAUGAUUGGGGCACCUCCCUAAACCUCAUGACUUCUUCUCUUUUGGUUGCACCAAAAGAGAUCUUCUCAGAUAAGUGGUUUCAAAUCGUGGAAUCAAGCGCCACUAAAUUGAAACCUAAAGUGGAUACCGAAGUCAAAACGAAAAUGAUGAUCAGUAUAUCUAGGCUUCUUUGGACUUACAUAAACAGGCUUCCAGAUACUUUGAACAACACCAUCAAAAAGUUGGAUUCGUUGUUUGACAUUUUAUUCUUCAGUUCCAAUGUGGCCGGUAAAAAACAGCAAUGGAUCGCACUUGAUAACCAUUUGAUCAAUGCCAUUUCUGAGAUUAUCCGCAUCGCCGGUUUUCAGCAUUUUAAUUACGUAUUGGAAAACGUCAUUUUGAGACUUUUGCGUUCCAGUUUCAAUGGCCUGUCAUUGGAAAAUAUCUCUGCCGAGAAGUUGAUUAUCGUCAUAAAAGCUUACAUGUUAUGCUUGAAGGAUUACAAACUGGGAGAACGGCCUGAACUUCCAUCAGACAAGGUUUUGAAUGACCUUUACACUGAGGUGGUUACUAAUGCUGAUCAGAAAAGAAAGCCUUUCCACAAGACUGUGGAAAAAACAAUUGACCAUAACUCUCUGAAGUGGAACAGACUUAUGUUUGACCAAAGACGAACUCAGAAUCUUGCAGCACAUGAAGACAUCUGUAAGACUUUUGUGUCUUUACUCAAAUUGCUCGAUUCAAAUUGUGGGGCGACCAGUUGGGUUAAAGGUGAAUCAUAUUCAUCAAUGGACUAUGUCAAACCAUUGUCGGGCUUGUCAAAUUUCCACUUUGGUAUUGACUUCUCAGUUCUGAGUACUCGUGAUGUUCAGCUCAAUCUUUUUGCAACUUUGAUAGAUGCAGCAGCGUGGUCUAUUGUCCACUGGUUUCAAGUGACAGUGGCCCGUCUCUGA